UGGUGGUUGGUUGGUGUUGCAGGGUGUCACAAUGAUCAGUCUGUGUGUUUUUAUUAAGUUUUAGGCCACAAAUGGAUAUAUUUUUUACAAGCAUAUUAGUAAAAAAAACAAAAGUGACAAUAAUGUGUGCCGAACCUUUUAUACCUGACUAACUUGUACAUUUGAGUCAUCACGACCAGUUGAGAGAUACCUCUUGAUAUCAUUGACAAUGGAGGUGGGGGCACGUGCUUUGGAUGUGCUUCCACUCCUCCAGGAGCGCGUGGCUUCCCUCACCGGUGGUCGUGACCGCCGUGGAGGACCCAUCAUAUGGUUCCCAGCAAAUUCACGCCGUGAUCGAGUAGCGCCCGACGAUUAUCGACGCUUAUUGCAUUACCUUAUCAACAUACCCAGCGACAAUUUAAGAUCUAUUGGGUUUACUAUUUUAAUUGAUAUGAGAGGUUCAGCAUGGGCAGCCAUCAAGCCUAUACUGAAAGUUCUUCAAGAGCAUUUUUCUUCAUCCGUCCACCAAGCACUUGUAGUUAAGCCAGAUAAUUUCUGGCAGAAACAACGCACAACCAUCGGAGCACAUAAAUACAAAUUUGAGACAACGAUGAUAAGCUUAGAAGCACUGCCCAAAGUAAUAGAUAGCUCACAACUAACACCAGACCUGGAGGGCACUCUUCAAUAUGACCAUGCGCAAUGGAUAGAUCUGAGAUUGGCAUUGGAAGAGCUGAUGUGGCAGGCUGGCGAACUCUUGGACCGUUUAGACGACCUACAAGAAGACGUGGCUCGUGCUGACUUCGCUAACGACGUUAGUGGAGCGAGACGAGCUAUUGACAAUCACGCCGACAUCAACAAGCGCCUGGCAAAAAUGCCCGUCGACGAAUUAGAGGCUCAAGGUGAACUGGUGGUGCAACGCUUGGAAUCGGCUGCAGCGGCUUGCACGGAGGCGAGCGGCGCGGCUGUCGAGAGUACAUUCCAUUGCGGCUCCCCGGGGGCUCUGCGGGCCCAGCUAGCGGCUGUGCGGUCGGCACAUCAGCACGCGCACAAGCUGUGGCAGCACAAGAAGAUACAACUGGACCAGUGCUUCCAACUCAGGCUUUUCGAACAGGACUGCGAAAAGAUGUUGGAAUGGAUUGUUAAUCAUCGUACGGCAUUUUUAUCUACCUACGUUGAAAUUGGUCGUUCCUGCGCAGCGGCUAAACGUCUCCAGGAAGAACACGCUCGUUUUGCCGCUGCCUGCACGGGUGGGGGCAGACCGAGUGUGACGCGCGUCACAGCUGCCGCGAGACGCCUUGCUGACAAAAGACACUACGCGGAACCAGAGAUCACAGCCCUCGCACAUCGCCUCGAAAGAGCCUACAAACAACUUUCUAAUGGUCUGGAAGAGCGUUCAGCUGUGCUGUCACUGUCCGUGGUGUUUCACCACAAGGCGGAGGCGUACGCUAGCGCUGUAGGCGGUUGGGGUGCUCAAUGUGCUGUGGCUCUACAGCUGGCUACAGGCGGCCCAGGUGCACCGCCCUGCUCUGAUCCUCGCGCCCUCGAACAGCACACACAGAGACAUAGACAGCUGUACGAACAUAUGUGCCAGGCUUAUACUGAGGUCCAUUCGACAAGCAAGAAACUGCUGUACCAACUUGACCACCUCGUACAAGUUUGUCAUCAGACGGAUCCUGCGGAUAUGAGCGAGGGCUCUAUGAGUUCAGCGGGUGGUAGCGGUGGUGACCCGGCCGCUGACUACAGCUCGGGCGCCAACCACGUGCUGGCGGUCAUCCAUCAGAUACUGGGCCACCACCGUGCACUAGAAGCGCGUUACCAUCAGGCACGACUUAAAUUGCACCAGCGACUUGCCUUGCUAUUGUACAAGGAGGACUGUCGGCAGGUGCUCGACUGGCUUGGCAAUCACGGUGAAAAAUUUCUCAUGAAAAACACUGGUAUUGGAAGGAAUCUCCACAAAGCUCGAAUGUAUCAGAAAUCUCACGAACAUUUUGAAAAUGUCGCUCAGAACACUUACACGAAUGCGGAAAAGCUGCUAUCGGCUGCUGAGGAGUUGGCGAGGUCCGGCGAGUGUGAGGCGGAGGAGGUGUUGGGCGUGGCUCGGGAACUAGAAGCGCAUGUCGCGGCCUUCGCGGCACGCGUCGACCGGCGACGGAGACGGCUAGACCUCGCCGUGCUCCUUUAUACACACGAGAAAGAACUGAUCCAAUGGCUGGAGACUCUGCGUGGUGGUGGCGGUGGUGGGGUUGGUGGUGGCACGUCCGACGAGAGUCCCGAGGCGGCGCGUCGUGCUCUCGAGCAGUGCGCUCAACACCGUGCCGCCUCGCUCGAGGCUUGUGCUGCCACCAUCGCACACGGAGAGGCCUUGCUGCAGGAUUUAAGGUCGUCUGGAGAAACGGAGGCAGCGAGCACAGCGGCGGUGGAGUCGACGCUGGAGAGACUUAGAGGAACCCGAAGUGCCCUUGAAGAACUCUGGUCCGACCGUGAGAGAAGACUGGAACUCACACUGCAACUGCGACAUUUCGAGAGAGAUGCCCUGGAGGUGUCGUCACGUUUGGAACUAUGGGGUGAAGAGUUGCAGCGCACGGAACCGCCUCGGGACCCUCAACAGGCGGAACAAGCUCUUGCAGCACACAACGAGAGCGUGGCCAGGAUGCAACACGCUACCUUCCAGGUGGUGCAACAAGGACAGGAACUGGCGGCCGCAAUAGCUGAGGCAUCAGAUGUGAUGGCUUCUAGUUCCGACAGCUCGGAGGGCGCUCCUAUGGAUGCUCAAGCUCGCGUUCAGCUUCUUCUAGAGUUCUUACAUGACAGACAAUUGGAUUUGGAAGAACUGGCUGAAGAGCGCCGUGCACGUUUCGAGCAAUGCGUUCAACUUGGUCAGUUCCAAAAAGACGCAGCCCAAGUCGUGAGUUGGAUAAGAAAUGGUGAGGCGAUGUUGUCAGCGUCAUUCUCAAUACCCGGAACACUGUCUGAAGCGGAGCAGCUGAAACGAGAACAUGAUCAAUUCCAAGUAGCCGUCGAGAAGACCCACGCUAGUGCUGUGCAAGUUAAAUACCGGGCGGACGCUCUUCGCGCUGCUAACCACUACGACCCACACACCAUAAGAGAGAUAUCUGAGGAGGUGACAGAGAGAUGGCAGCGUCUGGUGACUUGUGCGGAGGAACGUCACAAAUUGGUGACGGCGUCGUUGAACUUCUACAAGACAGCAGAGCAGGUGUGCUCUGUGCUGGACUCGUUGGAGCGCGAGUAUCGUCGUGAUGAGGAUUGGUGUGGUUCAACGAGCGCACCGGCCGCAGCCGCCUCCGUCUCCAUCGCCUCCUCAACCACAACCAUCUCGACCUCCGCCUCCCUGGACAUGGACGACUUGCACUCACAGAACCUGGACAAGGCUUCACAGGUUGCGGCGUUGAUAGUGAAGCACGGCGAACAGAAGGAGGCGUUCCUGAAAGCGUGUACUCUAGCUCGUCGCACGGCUGAGACGUUCCUAAAGUACGCGGCUCGUUCAGCUCAGGUUCACGGGCAGACUGCGGCCGCUAGUAAGGCUCACCACGAACAGACACGUGCUAUACUCGACACUCUACUGGCGCAAGAGAACAAGGUCCUAGAGCAUUGGACGGUCCGUAAGAAGCGCCUGGAGCAGUGCCAGCAGUUCGCGUUGUUCGAGCGCUCAGCCCGCGCGGCCGUCGAGUGGAUCCGCGAGACUCAGGAGCGGUGCGGUGCUGCUGCCGCUGCUGCUGCCGGCGGCGUCGCUCGCGAGUCACGGGAACGAGUCAGACUGUUGGCGCAGCUCGCCGACGGGCUCGUAGAGAAGGGUCACCCGCACGCCGUGCAGAUCAAAGAGUGGGUCGCCGCCGUUGAUGCCAGAUAUGCGGAGUUCAGUGGGUCCAUGGAAGGCGGGGAGAGCGAGGCUGAGAGUGAUUCUGGUGUAGCGGCGUCGUUGAGCUCCGGACAGACCAGUGAGACUGAGACUCGCGUGGAACAACCGCCGGCCGCCUCCGCUGACGAUAAACGUCGGAGUGCACGUCGCAAAGAGUUUAUAAUGGCGGAGCUGCUGCAGACGGAGCGCGCAUACGUCAAGGAUCUGGAGACUUGCAUAACAUGUUAUCUGCGGGAGAUGAGAACAGACCCAGCCUCCGUACCGACCGCACUUCAGGGGAAGGAGGAGCUGAUAUUCGGUAACAUAGAGGAGAUACAUCGGUUCCACGAGCGUGUGUUCUUACGCGAGUUGGAUAAGUACGAGACUAUGCCAGAGGAUGUUGGUCAUUGUUUCGUGACCUGGGCGCGAGAGUUCGAUAUGUACGUCUCAUACUGUAGGAACAAACCCGACAGCAAUGCUGCGGUCGUCCAACACGCCGGCGACUACUUCGAUAGAGUGCAGCGCAGGAAGAAACUAGAGCAUCCGUUGGCCGCUUACCUCAUAAAGCCGGUGCAAAGAAUCACUAAAUACCAGCUGCUGCUGAAAGACCUCCAGGCGUGCUGUGCCGAGGGUCAAGGAGAAAUUAAGGACGGGCUGGAGGUGAUGUUGUCUGUACCGAAGAAGGCCAACGACGCCAUGCACCUGUCGAACCUCGAGGGCUGCGACGUGCCAACGGACAGCCUGGGCGAGGUGGUGCUCCAGGACUCGUUCCAGGUGUGGGACCUGCGGCAGAUCAUCAAGAAGUGCCGCGAGAGACGCGUCUUCCUCUUCGACCUGCACCUCCUGCUAGCCAAGGAAGUGAAAGACACACACGGAAAGGCUAAAUACAUAUACAAGACUAAGUUCAUGACAUCCGAGCUGGGUGUGACGGAGCACAUCGAGGGCGAUGAUUGUAAAUUCUCAGUGUGGACCGGUCGUGAGCCUAUGGCCAGCGACUGCCGCAUAGUUCUCAAGGCGCCCUCUCUCGACGUCAAGCAGACGUGGGUCAGGCGCUUACGAGAAGUCAUACAGGAAACCUACUUCAGUGCGGCUCUGCAGCAGCCACCGCGCAGCCCGGCCCGGGCUCCGCCACCCAGCUCGCAGAGAUCGAGCCGUGACUUCGAAGACACAGACACAGAGAAUCUGGACCGCAACUCACUGGCUUCAUUCGGCAGCGGCAACACUACAGACUCCGAUAAGGCUGGAGCUGAGAUGAGCUGGGUGGUCGCCGACCACUCGUCGGGAGGAGCUGGGGAGGUGUCGGUAUGUAAAGGACAGCAGGUGGAGGUGCUGGAGGCGUGGGCGGCGCGCCCCGAUUGGUGGCUGGUGCGCGUGGCGGGCGAGCCUCCAGUUGAAGGAGCUGUACCCGCCGCGGUGCUGAAGCCUCAGCCGCACCAGAAGACGUCACCGUCAAGGCGACCACUCAGCCAGCCUGAUGAUAAUAUAGAAGCGUCCUCCUCGGAGCCCGGCGUGAGUGCUUACGCUGCCAGUCCCGGUAAACACAGGAAAGGCAUAAUACCGCGUUGGAUUCCCCGGCCGAGCAAGUCCCAGGGCAAGGGUGAGAAGACAAGCGGCAACGCCAAGUCACCAGCCGCCACCGACAAGCCUUCAUUGAAGAAGGUGCCCUCGGAGAAGAAGAUUAAGUUCCCGUACGCUGAGACCGCACGAACAGAGGACGGCGAGGGGCUGGUGACGGCGCUGGAUGAUCAGGAAGACGACGCGCCCGACGUCGAGCUACCACCGCCCAUGAAGCCCAUACAGGAUCCCCAGGCUGUGUUGCAACAGGCUCCCAUCCCAGCCGCCACGACCGCGGCUCCCGUCGCCAGGAACUCGUUGGCAAUGGACCCGCUGGAGUCUAACUCUGGCCCAGCAGAUAUAGCAGAAAUUGAGCAAAUUGUGAAGGAAAAAAUGGAGCAGCAUGGCGGGGGAGCUUCCCGAGCUCCGGACGAGGAGGAGGAGGCCGCUGACUCAGAGAGCGCCGCAGCCUCGCUCAAGAAGAGGGAGUACGUCCUCAAGGAACUGUACGAGACCGAGGAGAUAUAUGUCAGUGAUCUGAAACUCGUCUGCGAAGGAUACAUGAAGCACAUGAUGGACCCGCACGCGGAGCCGCCCGUCCCCGACGGUCUCAGGGACCGACGGCUGCUCAUGAUCUUUGGAAACAUUGAAGCCAUCUACGAAUGGCAUCGCGAUAAGUUCCUGCGCGAGUUGGAGGGCUGUCUGGUGGCGCCUGAGCUGCUCGGACCUCUGUUCAGACGGUUCCUGGAGAAGAAAAUCGUCCUCUACGAAACAUACUGCCGGAACAAGCCCGUCUCAGAGUUUAUAGUGUCCAAGCACGAGAGCUACAUCCAAGAUCUGAGACACAAACUCGGACAUAAGUUGCAGCUCGGUGAUCUUCUUAUCAAGCCGAUCCAGCGCAUCCAGAAGUAUCAUCUGCUGGUGAAGAAAGUUCUAUCGUAUUCCGAGCUAGCCGGAGCCCCGGCGGCCGUGCUGACGUCACUGAGGGACGCCGUACACUGCACCUCCAUAAUACCUAAGACAGCCAACGACAUGAUGGACGUAGGAAGACUGAAGGGCUUCACGGGGAACAUAGCGGCGCAGGGUAAGCUGUUGUUCCAGGAGCCGCUGGUUGUAGCAGACAGGAACUGUUCCAACGACAAAGGCAAGGAACUGCACGUGUUCCUGUUCGAGCAAUGCGUCAUAUUCACAGAGGCCGUCGGCAAGAAGACACAGUUCUCAGGACCCACCUACAACUAUAAAGCUCACGUUAAGGUGAACAAGAUGGCGCUAGAGGAGGUGGACGGUAGCAACACGUUCAUAAUUCACUCCAACGGUCUGGAGUACAAGCACCAGCCGCAGUCGUUCGUGUGUAGGGCGCCCGAGUCUCGCAGGCAGCACUGGGUGUCCACACUCUCCACCAUACUCCAAUCUCAGCUGAUCUUCGGCGAGCGCCUCGAGAACCCUGGCGCCUUCCUUCAGAGGGACGCCAAUAACGCGGGCGAGGGUUGGUGCGGGCUACGGAAGACUGAGAGCGUACCGCCGUCUGUGGGCGGGCGACUGGCGCCGGAGCUGCGCGGGCGCACACAGCGACCGCACGCCAAAGCCAACACCAUCAACCUACCAUCCAGUGCGAGAGACGACCACAAAAAGGUGGCGCCACCGCUCACGCCCACAUCACCACACCAUAACGGUUUGUCGAAGCGCGCUUGGGGGUUGAAGUUGCGUCGCGGCGGCAGCAGCGGCAGUAGCGGCAGCGCGGCCGAGCCUAAUGACGGCGUGGUCACGGAGCUGCGAGCCCCCGAGCUGUCCGAGCCCGCCGCUGACGUCACAGUGGCCGCCGGAGCCUCCGCCACACUCUCGUGUCGCGGUCUGGCCACAAGAGCCACAGCCUCGUGGCGUAAAACGGCGCCGGAGACUCUGGCUCUACGACACGGAGGUCGUUUCGCAAUCAGCUUCGGAUCCGACGGCCUCGCCACUCUCACUAUACACGCCUGCCGCGCCUCGGAUGCUGGCGUCUACUGUUGUCUCAUAAGCAACGAACUCGGCGGUGUACAGUGUUCGGCUCGACUGACGGUGGCUGCAGGCGGGCUGCCUGGAGUUCCCGUGGUUAGAGCUCACCCCGGCGGUGGACUUGUGGUCCAGUGGGAUGAAUCGGAGGCUGUGCAUCUUGAAUAUUGCCGUGUCGGCGAGGGCGAAUGGCGUCGAGCUACCGAAACGCCCGCUACAGCAAAUACGCUAGCACUAGAGGAAUUACCUGCUGGUCAAUACAGUUUUCGUGUAGUGAGUGCCCGUAGCGGCGCCGCGGGUUCCGCGUCCGGUCCAGCGACCUGCGGUGGUGGUGGGAGUUGGCAACGAGAACAAUUCGCACGGAGAUACACUUUGGAAGAGGAGAUAGGACGCGGUCGGUCGGCGCGAGUCCUGUCCGCUCGUGACACUGGCACCGGCCAACGAGUAGCUUUAAAACAGGUGGUGAGCGGUCGAGGCGCGGAUGCAGUACGUGAAUAUCGUAUAUUAUCUGGUGGUGCUCACGGCGCUGUGGUCCGUGCCCUGGCACUGUUCGCCGAGGUGCCCCGGGCGGGCGCACACACGCUGGUGUUAGAGCUAGUUGGAGGCGGGCCACUGCUGGACUGGGCGGCCUCCUCCGCAGACUACAACGAAAGAACCGUCGCCACGCACACCAGACAACUGCUAUCCGCACUCGAAUGGCUGCACUCCAACAAUGUAGCACAUCUAGACGUCAGGCCGGAGAACAUUUUAGUAGAGUUGGGCGGUGCUCAGCCCCAGCUGAAGCUUGUGGACUUAGGAUCGGCUGUGGAACUCGAAGGAGGCGCCAGCGGUUCGGCUUCUAACGCGGAAAGUACUACAGUACUGCCGCCUGCACCCGCCCAGCUUGAAUUUGCACCACCGGAGUGCGUUCUGGGACGACCACCAGCACCAGCCUGGGACGCUUGGGCUGCUGGCGUAUUUCUCUACGUAUUUUUGACCGGCUUAUCGCCAUUCUUGGACGAGUCAAUAGAGGAGACGACGGCCAAUAUAAUAAAGUGCGACUACUGCUUCCCUCCCGAGCACUGGGGCGGCGUGGAGCGAGCUCAGGAACUGAUAAGACGUUUGUUGGAACCGGUGCCCGCGAGACGGCUCUCACCGGCUGAAGCGCUGCGAGACUCUUGGUUCGAACAGGCUGGCGACACUCAGCUGUCUUCGACGCAGCUGAAGACGUUCCUGGAGCGACGGCGGCCGGCUGGUCUCGGCAACGCUCUACACUCUCUCCGCUCACCCGACACCUGACGAGUCUAUGACACUGACACACUAGACUCGACAAUCUCGCCAGACUUUGUCUCCGGGAACGAGGAGUGUGAAACCAAAAAAUUAAUUUUUCUUUUUGCCAAUUUCAUCAACCCGGCGGGGACCUGAGAACUAGCUCACUAUAUCUCCCAGCCUCGUACGCUCAUGAUACAUGAUAGGUUUACGAUAAGCUUUAGUAAUGAUAGCGUUCAUAUUAUAGUCAUUGUGCCCACCUAUCGAUAUUUUUUUUUACGAGAGCCUUUGGAUUUCGGAUUCCCUUUUAAUUUUAACAAACCGACACACGUACGUACAGUCAUAGCCGUUAAACGUCUCAUUGGAUAGACAUAUAUAAAUUGAAUUGCUUGUUUCGUUUCGGUUUUAAUGAAUAUCGAUAUAAUUUUAUUCGAAACUAAUUCCUUAUUAACCAGCCAUAUGGCGUUCGUUACGAACAAUCGCUCUUGUCUAGUGCGGUGUUCGUGUUAAGCCAAUCUAUCGUGGGAUUUUUUUUUUUUUAAAAGAUUAAAUUUCUGAUAAAAUCUUUGAUGUUCGAAGUCCGCGAGUGACCGAUUGUAAUGAAAGUGUCUGUGAUUUUUGCUUAUAUAAUAAUUUCAUGCUUAUCCUAAUUUAAUGUAUGCAUAUUUUAAUAACUAUAAUGUAUAUAUCACUAAGUUUUAGCGAAUUUAGAGGUUUUAAUUUUAAUUUGUGACCAAAUUGCGAAAUUUAGUUUCAUAAGACGAAUAUGACACGUAUUCUUUCUAUGUAUAAGUACUGUUUAAGUGAUAUAAUACUUGGAUAGUGUAAUUGACGGGAGAGGAAGAGCAGACGAGCGACUCGUUAGCACAUUACAUUUUCUACAUCAUAAGUUAUGGUAUAUAUUAAAUAGUAAUUGAUCGUUAGUUUGCUUUUAUUUUUUUUUUAAUUUUUUUUUUUAAUCAAUAAUAAAUUGUAUUUUAUUACUGUGAUCUUUUACUCUUUUUACAUUAGCUUAAGUUGUGAUUUGAUACUCGUUGCUUGAUAUACUAGUAUCACUGAAUAGGACCUACAUUAUUAUAAUUACGUUUCUAACACAAACACUAUAUAUUAAAAUCGCGAUAUAUGCUAGGCAUCAUGUUAAUUUUAAUUAUUUUUUUUUUUAAUACGCGUCAUUUGAUAUCAUUAUUUAUAUAA